AUGGCUUUGGACUCCACUCGAGCGAUCAUCGCUCUGUGGCGCCUAUGUGUUCCGGCAGGCCUUGGGCCGCAGGUUGGUGGCGAUGGAGCUAUCCCAGUAGAUGUUCUCAAGGUGGUACUGGAGCGGGAGCUGCAGGGACACCUGGGUGACUUUGGACACAGCUCCGUCGAUGAGAUCCUGCAAACCUAUAUGCAGCCAGACUCCGAGGGUGUGGUAGGUUUCCUCCAGUUCUGGAAAGGCAUGGAGGAAAUCCUCCGUGCUCGGGGGGCACUGCGCAGCACUCUCUCGCGGGCGCAGGAGGAGGCAAUCAUCGGCUUUCGCUUCCUGCGCACCUGCCUCCUGGACAUGGCCGCUCGCCAGGUGUCACAGGGCAGGUCCUCCUUCAGCGUGAAGGAGCUAAGGUACUUCAUUGGCCGCACGACAGCCCUGACAGGGGCCGAGGGUGAGGCGUUUUGGCGCAAGCAGGCCCGGCAGCUCCCUGAGGACCCAGAGAUGCUCGUAACCGGCGAGGAAGUGGCCUCUGCAAUGCUCACCUGGCUGGAGCAGCUCGUCGAUGAAGGCGCUUGGCCGAUGACUGAUCAAGUGGUCAGCCUUGCCGGGCGGGGCGGCCGGCGCGGCGAAAGCCGAGCCGAGUUCCUUCGGCGCUCAGCAAAGGAGCGGGAGGAUCGCGAGCGCAAGCGGGUCCGCGACAUGGCGGCGACAAAAAUUCAGGCCAACUGGAAACGCGGCAAAGUACGCGAGGCCGUUUGUCGAGAGCAGCGAGCUCUCUUCGACGCGCGCCUGGAGGACGUGGAGCAGGUCGAGUGGAGGUUGCCGCCCGACAUGAGAGCUCCAGUUGUACAGAAAGCAUUGCGAGACUACUUGCUUCGGCCCUUCGGUUUCUUCUUCAGGCGUGGUCAGGAUACAAACCGGAUGUACCGGAUUGUAAAGCUGAUGGAGUUCACCAGCCAGCAACCUGCGCCGACCAAUUACUUCUCCGGCUUGAUAGCAGACGAGGAGGUGACGAGAAUGACGACACUCGUUCAGAGUUGGAAGGUGCUCAGGGCGAUCCUGUCCAUGGGCGAGUUCGUCAGGGUUGUCAAGAUCCUGAGUCGCAUCCGCGAUCUGCUUUAUGACCCGGCCACGAACACGCCUUGGCACGCAGAGAGAUCUCCUCAAUUCUUUGCGUUCAUGCUCAGGAAGACAGAUAUUCUGGACUGGGCCCUCGAACAAGGUUCUUGGUAUGUGAACUGGGAGGACAUCAGACCCCCUGUCAGCUACCAGAUGGACAUGCUCAGACUCGCCUGUUUAGGUCUCGGGACAAUGGAAGCAAAGACUCGCCGGCGCUUGAUUCUCCAGGUUCUGUCUGCACCCAUACUCCUUCGAACACUGGAAAGUGUUACCUCGGAGGAGGUGCUGUCAAUACUUGGACACUUCAAACUAGGCCCACCGCCGAACGUGGAAGAGGAUGCACCGCCCCUUGAGGAGGAGGCAGAUGAAGUACAUGAUGGAGCCACCGUGCGCAUGGAGAUCUUCGCAGGCAACGCAGGCUCCAUCUUUCCGGGCUACCUUCAUCUGGGCGAGCCGCCGGAGGAGGUGCUGGGCUGGCUCAUGUGGCUAAAGGCUAAGUUGCCGGCUUCCUUCUUCACAAAACCCGGUGGCCCGAAGCAGUCCCGGUGGCGUCAUCAGCUUUGGAGCCAACAGCUGGUGUCUCGUCUAUACCGCGUGGCGCGAGGGACGAAGCUGCUGGAUCGUGUCUUGUCCUUCUACUACGAGGAGCCGACAGUCACCUAUCCGGACACGAUGCAGGAGUUCACGUUUCAGACGGACAUCCUGGUGCAGAUAAAACCGAUGACCAUCGGCUGGUCGCAGCUUGAUGCGCCCUCCUACCGCAGCGCAGAAGCCAUCAGGCUUCUGGCCUGGUGCAUCUUCUUCCAUGAGAAGCUGCGUAGCACCUUCGAUGUAGAGUUGGACAGCCCUCAAGGCUGGUGGUCGUGCUUUGACCAUGACCGGAUAUGGCCCCACCUGAACAAUCUGCUUCUGCGAAUGUUCCGGGACUGCCCGGACCCGGGGCCCCUCUCCGAGCAGGCGCAGAUAUUGCGGGUCCAUGUCAGCAAAGUACUGUCGUUGGUGGUCCAGCGCACGCGACGCCUGAAUCGGAAGCCCUGGUGGCUCGUGCCACAGCUGCGUGCGGCUCUACAGGACAAGAAUUUUCUUGAGAUCUCUGCCAAUGUGUCGGCCUCCCUUGGUGUGAACGAGAGCGCAGACGCGCCUUGUGAAGCACCCCAGACUAUGGAGGCAGCCUCAGCGAAACUGCUGGAAGUGGCGCUGGCAGAGGCUCCGCAGAUGGUGCCAUUCGAAGACCGAGUGGCAGUCAUGCAAGCGAUGAUCCGGGUCGACAAGAUGCAGCGCGAAGACACCCGAGCCGACUGGGCACGUGCAUCUUUGCGGAAACACCGAAUUCGCCGGGACUACAUCAUGGAAGACGGAUUUGCAGCCUUUGCGCGAUUGAACACCGAAGCAGAGCUCCGCUCAACCUUCGUGGUCGAGUUCGUUGCAGCAGAUGGCAGCCUGGAGAGUGGCAUCGACGGUGGCGGUUUGUUCAAAGAGUUCAUGAUUCUUGUCUGCCGUGCGGCUAUGAGCCCCGAGUAUGGUUUGUUCAGUGCGAGCAGCGACCAGACGCUUUACCCAUUCCCAACGGCCCACAUGCUGCAGCCGAAUGCGCCGAAGCUGUACACAUUCUUGGGCAAGGUGAUUGGGAAAGCGAUCUAUGAGCAAAUGCUACUGGAACACCAGCUCAGCAGAGCUUUCCUUAACAGAAUACUUGACAAGAUGGGAGAUGCCGAGGACCUGGCCAGUAUGGAUCGCGAGGCUGCCCGUAACAUCGCUCAGUUGCGCCAGACCAAGAACAUCAAGGAGCUCGGCCUCACAUUCAGCACUGCCGUGUCCAUGCCGGGUGGCGCGAUUCAGGAGGCAGACCUCUGCCAGCGCGGGAGAUUCCGGGCUGUGACCCAGGACAACGUGGACUCCUAUGUGCAGCUGUUGAUGGAUCACCGCGUUACUGCGCAGAUGGCACUUCAAACACAUUUCUUCCUGGAAGGGUUAAAGUGUGUUCUAGACUUGAAGUGGCUCCGCAUGUUCGACGCGCGCGAGCUUGGGAUCAUCAUCUCCGGGUCUUCUGCUGGAUUUGACGUGGCAGAUCUAAAACACAACACGGUCUACAAUGGUGGAUUCACGGAUCGCAGUCCGGUGAUUCAGUGGCUGUGGGACUUGCUGGAGAAUGGACUGGACUCAGAGGACAUGGGCAGCUUCCUGAUGUUCGCCACGUCAUGCAGCCGACCACCCCUUCUGGGUUUCAAGAGCUUCGAGCCCAAGUUCUGCAUCCACAAGGUCGACGACCCGUCUCGUUUGCCAACGGCAUCGACGUGUGCAAAUCUAUUGAAGCUGCCAGCGUAUACCAGUCAGCAAAUGCUGAGGGACAAGUUACUUCAAGCCAUUCGUUCCGAGAGUGGCUUCGACUUGAGCUGA